UGGUACAGAAACGAGGUUUCUGGCUUCCUUUUUGAACUUCAAGUUCAAUUCCUUUUUGAACUUGAAUCAUGCACUUCUGGCAUUGACAGAGACCUGCAGGGGAAUAAACUCACUGGUCAAAUUCCGGAUGAAAUUGGGAAUUGUACUGCACUUAUUCAUCUGGAUUUGUCUCAUAAUCUGCUAUAUGGUGAUAUACCUUUCUCCAUAUCAAAACUGAAGCAGCUUGUGUUUCUGAAUUUAAAGAGUAAUCAGUUGACUGGUCCUAUCCCUUCAACUUUAACUCAAAUUCCUAACUUGAAGACUCUCGAUCUUACACGAAAUAGACUCACUGGUGAGAUUCCAAGGCUAUUCUAUUGGAAUGAAGUCCUGCAGUACCUUGGGUUGCGAGAAAACAUGUUGAAUGGAACUCUGUCGCCUGAUAUCUGUCAAUUAACUGGUUUGUGGUAUUUUGAUGUGAGAGGCAAUAAUUUGACUGGCACCAUACCUGACAGCAUUGGAAACUGCACAAAUUUUGACGUCCUGAAUCUGUCAUAUAACCAGAUUUCUGGGGAGAUUCCCUAUAAUAUCGGAUUUCUUCGACUAUCUACUUUGUCACUUCGAGGAAAUAGACUAACUGGUAAGAUUCCGGAAGUCAUUGGUUUAAUGCAAGCCCUUGGCAAUUUGGAUUUGAGUGAGAAUAAGCUGAUAGGACCCAUUCCUCCCCUACUAGGCAAUCUGUCUUUUAUUAGCAAGCUGUACCUUCAUGGAAACAUGAUCACUGGACCAAUACCUCCAGAACUUGGCAAUUUGUCAAGACUAAACUACCUGCAAUUGAAUGACAAUAAACUAGUUGGCCAAAUUCCGGAUGAACUUGUGAAGCUCGAACACUUGUUUCAAUUGAAUCUUGCCAAUAAUCAUCUUGAAGGAUCUAUUCCACUUAACAUUAGCUCCUGUACGGCCUUGAAUAAUUUUAAUGUGUAUGGAAAUCAUUUAAGUGGUUCCAUUCCUUUGAGCUUUAGCAGCCUCCAGAGCUUGACUUACUUAAACCUUUCUGCAAACAAUUUCAAAGGGAGUAUACCUGUUGAAUUAGGCCACAUAAUAAAUCUCGAUACGUUAGAUCUAUCUAGCAAUAAUUUUUCAGGACAUGUUCCAGGGUCUGUUGGUUAUCUUGAGCAUCUUCUAACUUUGAACUUAAGCCAUAAUAGUCUUCAGGGUCCCUUGCCUGCUGAAUUUGGGAACCUUAAAAGCAUACAAAUUAUCGAUAUCUCAUUCAACCAUCUGUUGGGUAGUAUACCUCCAGAAAUUGGUCAGCUGCAGAAUCUUGUAUCUCUGAUUUUAAACAACAAUGAUUUGCGUGGGAAGAUUCCAGACCAGCUUACAAAUUGCUUAAGUCUUAACUUCCUGAAUGUCUCAUAUAAUAACUUAUCCGGGGUCAUUCCUCUAAUGAAGAACUUCUCCCAGUUUUCAGCUGACAGCUUCAUUGGAAAUCCAUUGUUAUGCGGAAAUCGGUUAGGAUCCACAUGUGAUCCUUACAUACCAAAAUCCAGAGUGGUUUUCUCAAGGGCUGCAGUUCUUUGUCUAGUUGGUACCAUCAUAUUAUUGGUGCUGGUAACUGUUGCUCUCUACAUAUCAAGCCAAUUCAUGAAAUUGAUUAAAGGAUCAAGGGGAACUGAACAAGGGCCAUCCAUACUUGUAAUUCUUCAUAUGAGCUUGGCCAGCCACACCAUUGAUGAUAUCAUGAGAGUUACUGAGAAUCUCAGUGAGAAGUAUAUUGUAGGAUAUGGUGCCUCAGGUACCGUGUACAAGUGUGUUUUGCAGAAUUCCCGGCCAAUUGCAAUUAAACGAUUAUACAACCAGCAUCAACACAACUCAAGGGAGUUUGAGACAGAACUUGAAACUAUUGGCAGCAUCAGACACAGGAAUCUUGUCACUCUGUAUGGUUAUGCUCUAACUCCUAAUGGAAAUCUUCUCUUCUAUGACUAUAUGGAGAAUGGCUCUCUAUGGGAUCUUCUACAUGGUCCCUUGGAAACGGUAGAACUUGAUUGGAAAGCACGCUUGAAGAUUGCUGUGGGAGCUUCUGAAGGACUUGCUUACCUCCAUCAUGACUGCAAUCCAAAAAUAAUUCAUAGGGAUAUUAAGUCCUCCAAUAUCCUGAUAGACGAGAAUUUUGAAGCUCGUCUCUCUGAUUUUGGCAUUGCCAAAUGUAUGUCAAAUUCAAGAACACAAUUAACAUCUGUGGUUGGAACAAUAGGAUAUAUAGACCCUGAGUAUGCCAGAAGUUGUAGGUUGAAUGAAAAAUCUGACGUGUAUAGCUUUGGUAUUAUUCUACUUGAGCUACUGACAGGAAAGAAAGCAGUGGAUAAUGAUUCCAACUUACAUCACUUGAUAUUAUCUAAGGCAGAUAACAAUACUAUAAUGGAGACUGUGGAUCCUGAGGUGUCUAUUACCUGCAUGGAUCUGACCCAUGUUAAGAAGACCUUUCAGCUUGCACUUCUUUGCACAAAAGGAAACCCUUCUGAGAGGCCAACUAUGCGUGAGGUUGCCAGGGUUUUGGCAUCACUACUCCCAGCAUCUCCCAGCAACAUCUUUGCUCCUCCUUCAAUGCACAGUAUAUAAAGAGAUAUAACAUUUUAUUAUACAUAUUUUGAAUAUUUUAUUUAAUCUUAUCAUUAUAAUUUUGAAUUAUUAUGACGAUCUAAUUUUUAUCUAUAAUGUUACAUUUUUCAUGUUUUACUUUCUUAAUAGUUAUAAUUCCAAAUCAUUUA